AUGAGUAACGAGCUUCUCGACAUCGAUCCCAUCGACCUUCAAUUCCCUUUUGAAUUGAAGAAACAGAUCUCUUGCUCUCUGUAUUUGGCUAACAAGACCGACGAUUAUGUGGCCUUCAAGGUUAAAACGACGAAUCCAAAGAAGUAUUGCGUUAGGCCUAAUACUGGAGUUGUUUUGCCGAGGUCAUCUUCUGAAGUUCUUGUGACCAUGCAAGCUCAGAAGGAAGCUCCGGCUGAUAUGCAGUGCAAGGACAAGUUCUUGCUUCAAUGUGUGGUGGCUAGUCCCGGAGCUACGGCCAAGGAUGUGACUCCUGAGAUGUUUAGCAGAGAGGCGGGGCAUCGAGUUGAUGAGACUAAAUUGAGAGUUAUAUAUGUUGCUCCACCACGACCACCAUCACCUGUUCGAGAAGGAUCGGAAGAGGGCUCUUCACCAAGAGCUUCCGUCUCUGAUAACGGGAACGCUUCUGAGUUUACUGCUGUUCCAAGAUUUAGCGUUGACAGGCUUGAACCUCAGGAUAACUCAUCUGAGGCUGGAGCUCUCAUCACAAGGCUCACGGAGGAAAAGAACUCUGCGGUUCAACUGAACAAGAGACUUCAACUAGAAUUGGAGCAGUUGAAGCGUGAAAGCAAGAGAAGUCAGAGUGGUGGAGGAAUCCCGUUCAUGUACGUUCUGCUGGUGGGACUCAUCGGUCUAAUCUUGGGAUACAUAAUGAAGAGUUAA